CGCCAGACACUGGGACGGCGUGUGCAGACAGCUAUUUGAACUGGAUAGCUUUAUAAAAUUAUUAAUAUUUUAAAGACCAUUUAGACUGUUAUAUUGUUGAAUUUUGAGCCUGUAGGAAGGACGGAAUGACACGCCUCCGCUUGUAGUUCUCUUUCAAUUCAAAGUCAUGUCUUUCCAUCAGGAUCGCGGGGGACCGAGGGGAGGAAUGCCCCCGGGUCAGCACGGCUCGCCCCAAAACUACCGCCCUACCAACCUGAGGCCGCCCCCUCCCCAGCCUCCAGUUCCCCCCUACCAUUACGAUCCGCAGACUCCUCCCACUUCGGGGUACCCUGGAAACAGUGGCUACAUGCCGCCGCACUCCGACUUCAUGCAGUACCCUCCUCCAUCUCCGUCCCAGCCGCCUAAUUCUCUUAACCAGUGCCCAGUGCGUCCCCCUUUUCCCAAGCCUCCUGCUAGGCAAGGUUUCCCCGAGCCUCCGCCUAACUUUCCACCUCCUCCCUUGCCCAGCUCCGCAGGUGGUCCGACUUCCGGGGCCCAGGUGUCUGCUCAGAAUCCCUACCACAGUUAUAUGAUGCCUCCCGUGCCCCCGCCGCCAAUACCACACCCACCCAUGCCUCCCCCCAUGUCCUCUCAGUCGAUGGGCUACCACCCUCCGUAUUCCAUGAACUACCCCCACCCUCCUUUCCCUCCUCCCACAUUCAACCCGGGCUACACCCAGAAUCCCACCCAGUUUCAACCGGACCAUGGCAUCCGGCAAGGGGGGCAGUACAAGUAUGAGAAGCCCAUGGACAGCAGGAGAUCUCCAGAAAGAGGAUAUCGCCACGAUGACCACAGGCAGAAGUGCUAUGGCUACGGCAGCCACGGCGACAGGCACAAAGCGGAAUUUCCCGGAGAGAGGAAGGACCGUGGAAGAAGUCCAGACAGGCGGAGCAGGCCGGAGGGUGGACGGUACAGGUCUGAGUACGACAGAGGCCGGACUCCCCCCAGACACAGGAGCAGGGAUCGCAGCAGAGAGAGGUAUCGGCACAGAGAAAGCCGGAGAUCCCAGUCGCCCGACAGGCACAGGAAGAGGCCUCGAAGUCGGUCGACGAGCCGGGACAGGAAGCGCGGCCGCUGGGAGGAGGAGAAGGAGCGGAGGUCGGAGAGCUCCUCUGGGCCGAGCAGAGAGCGCAGCUACUCCUCCGUCAGGAGCCGGGACCCCGAAGAGGCCGCCGGCGACCGGGACCGAGAGCGAGAGAGGGAACGGGAGAGGGAGAGAGAGAAGGAGAAGGGGGAUGAGGAGAAAGAGGAGGAGGAGCAGCUGAAGCCUGCCUGGAUCCGCUGCACCCACGCUGAGAACUACUACUCCAACGAUCCCAUGGACCAAGUGGGAGACUCUACGGUCGUGGGGACGAGUAAACUGAGGGACCUGUACGAGCGCUUCGAGGAAGAGCUGGGACGGAGGCAGGAGCGAGCCAAGGACGCUCGACCCAAAUGGGAGCCGCCCAAGACCAAACUGGAUGAGGAUCCAGGUCCGAUGCAAAGUAUAACUAACGACAGCAGCAGUGAGUCAGACUGUGAGUCGGACGGCGAGGGAAGCACCUGCUCCAGCAGCUCUGACUCAGAGGUUUUCGAUGUCAUCGCCGAGAUCAAGAGAAAGAAAGCUCACCCCGACCGGCUGCACGAGGAGCUGUGGUACAACGACCCCGGACAGAUGAAUGAUGGUCCCCUGUGUAAGUGCAGUGCCAAGGCCAGACGUACAGGGAUCCGCCACAGCAUCUACCCAGGGGAGGAGCCUGUGAAACAGUGCCGACCAAUGAACAACAACGCGGGGAAACUGUUCCACUACAGGAUCACCGUGUCUCCUCCCACCAACUUCCUGACCGACAGGCCGACUGUGAUCGAGUACGAUGACCACGAGUACCUGUUUGAAGGCUUCUCCCUUUUCUCCCACACGCCUCUCACUAACAUCCCAUUGUGCCGUGUGAUCCGCUUCAACAUAGAUUACACCAUUCACUUCAUACAGGAGAUGACGCCGGAGAACUACUGCGUCCGGGGCCUGGAGUUGUUCGCCGCCUACUUGUUCCAGGAUAUUCUGGAGCUCUACGACUGGAACCUGAAAGGUCCUGAUCCCGAGAACGAGUCCUCCGGGUGCCAGCAGUUUCAUUUCAUGCCCCGUUUCGUCAGAUUCUUACCUGAUGGUGGGAAGGAGGUGCUGUCGAUGCAUCAGGUGCUGCUGUACCUGCUACACAGCAGCAAGCCCCUGGUCCCCGAGGAGGAGAUCGCGGACAUGCUGCAGUGGGAGGAGCUGGAGUGGCAGAAAUAUGCGGAGGAGUGCAAGGGCAUGAUCGUCACCAACCCGGGCAUGAAACCGAGCUCGGUGCGCAUCGACCAACUGGACAGGGAGCAGUUCAACCCGGACGUCAUCACCUUCCCCAUCAUCGUUCACUUCGGGAUCAGGCCCGCUCAGCUCAGCUACGCCGGGGACCCUCAGUACCAGAAGCUGUGGAAGAGCUAUGUGAAACUACGCCACCUGCUGGCCAACAGCCCCAAGGUCAAGCAGAUUGACAAGCAGAAGCUGACGCAGAGAGAGGAAGCUCUUCAGAAGAUCCGACAGAAGAACACCAUGCGCCGUGAGGUGACGGUGGAGCUCAGCAGCCAGGGCUUCUGGAAGACUGGCAUCCGCUCCGACGUCUGUCAGCACGCCAUGAUGCUGCCCGUCCUCACCCAUCACAUCCGGUACCACCAGUGCCUGAUGCACCUGGAUAAGCUCAUCGGCUACGUCUUCAAGGAGCGCUGCCUCCUUCAGCUGGCCAUGACUCACCCCAGUCACCACCUCAACUUCGGCAUGAAUCCCGAUCACGCCCGCAACUCGCUGUCCAACUGCGGCAUCCGCCAGCCCAAAUACGGAGACCGGAAGGUCCACCACAUGUACAUGAGGAAAAAAGGAAUCAACACAUUGAUUAACAUCAUGUCUCGUCUGGGGCAGGAUGACCCCUCCCCUUCCAGGAUCAAUCACAACGAGAGACUGGAGUUCCUGGGCGACGCCGUUGUCGAGUUCCUCACCAGUGUCCACCUGUACUACCUGUUUCCCAGCUUAGAGGAGGGCGGCCUGGCCACGUACAGGACAGCCAUCGUACAGAACCAGCACUUAGCCAUGCUAGCCAAGAAGCUGGAGUUGGAUCGCUUCAUGCUCUACGCUCACGGGCCGGACCUGUGCCGGGAGUCGGACCUGCGACACGCCAUGGCCAACUGCUUCGAGGCCCUGAUCGGGGCUGUGUAUUUGGAAGGAGGCUUGGAAGAGGCCCGGCAGCUCUUUGGUCGACUCCUUUUCAACAGUGAGGACAUGCGGGAGGUCUGGCUCAACUACCCACCACACCCCCUGCAGGUGCAGGAGCCCCAGACGGACCGGCAGCUCAUUGAAACGUCUCCAGUCCUCCAGAAACUGACCAGCUUCGAGGACUCCAUCGGUGUUUUGUUCACGCAUGUGCGUCUGCUGGCCAGAGCUUUCACCUUGAGGACCGUCGGCUUCAACCACCUCACCCUGGGGCACAACCAGAGGAUGGAGUUCCUGGGAGACUCUAUCAUGCAGCUGGUUGCCACGGAGUAUCUCUUCAUCCACUUCCCCGAUCACCAUGAAGGACAUUUAACACUACUCCGCAGUUCGCUGGUAAACAACCGGACGCAGGCCAAAGUGGCCGAGGAGCUGGGCAUGCAGGACUUCGCCAUCACCAACGACAAAACCAAGCGGCCGGUCGCGCUGCGGACCAAGACCCUGGCCGACUUGUUGGAGUCUUUUAUCGCAGCGCUCUACAUUGAUAAAGACCUGGAGUACGUGCACACCUUCAUGAACGUCUGCUUCUUCCCCCGGCUGAAGGAGUUCAUUCUGAACCAGGACUGGAACGACCCCAAGUCUCAGCUGCAGCAGUGCUGUCUGACCCUGAGAACAGAGGGCAAGGAGCCCGAUAUCCCACUGUACAAGACCCUGCAGACGGUCGGGCCGUCGCACGCCCGCACCUACACCGUCGCCGUGUAUUUCAAGGGGGAGCGAAUUGGCUGUGGCAAAGGCCCAAGCAUCCAACAGGCAGAAAUGGGAGCUGCGAUGGACGCGCUUGAAAAAUAUAACUUCCCACAGAUGGCUCAUCAGAAGCGCUUCAUCGAGCGGAAAUACAGACAGGAGCUGAAGGAGAUGAGACGAGAGCGGGAGCGGCAGGAGAAGGAGACCGACGAGCCGGAGGAAGGCAGGAAGUGACAGCGACCCUUUUUCUAUUUUUUUUUUUUUUGGUUUUGUUCCGGAGACCUUUCAGGUGCCUGGUCUGCAAACGUUCCAGGCAAGAGUCAGCAAAGCGGAGGUGAUCACGGAAUAGUGAUAGCUGAGGAUGGAUGGGGGUUAGGUGGGGGGUUAGGCGGGAUGAAGAUUUUCAGAUUAAAAGCUGGAGUGUUUUAUGCAGUCAGACAUGGCCUUAAUUGUCGUCUUCUCUUAAUGUUUGUUGACUAAUAAUUAAAUAUGAACUUUUAAAUGUAACCACACACACACACACACACAGAGAAGCUGCAGUGUUUUAAGAGCACGACCCACUGUGUAUUGUAAAUAAAGUUCCAGAUUUCACUCCAGUCACUCACUUUUUUCUGCUUCCAUUCUAAUCCUGUGUUCUGCUUAGAGGCCUAAACGCUGAAAAGGGCCGAGUCAAUUACACUGAGUCACCAUCUGUCUCACAUGUGCCACUCAUCCUCUAAUAAUCAAAAUGUGAUUAUUCUUUUUUUUUUCCCCCUCCCCUUCUCUCUAAAUCCGAUUGGCUGUCGAACAGAUCUUAAUUAUAGAUUGGCUAAUUAACAAUUUCCUCAGCUCAGUUGCCUCUGGAUCCAGCUAUUUAACAACAGCUGUCAUAUUAAUAACUAUGUGACGUGUACAGUCUCAUGAUGUAUACGUACCUGUGAGGGCGGUAGAAGCCAUAUCAAAGUCUAAAAGUGUGUCAAAUGAUGACCCUCUGUAAUGUCGUUUUGGAAGAGCAAAUAAAUCCAGGGGCUGAUUUUUAAAGAUAUUUAAUCGUGUCAUAUAAAUAUUCAGUACAAAAUAUCACGGUUUACAAAGCAGAUUGAUGAAUGGCCAAUGACCCCUUUAAACUACCACGACCUCUCAAAAGUGUUUCUACGUCGACACAACUCAACUGCUCGAUCACAUUGUCACCAACAUAAUAUAGUAGAGGUGAGGCUCGAGGCCGACCGCGUCUACACAUCAACAACCACAGAUCUAUUGUAUCUGGAGAAGGAGGACAUCAACGUCGCCGUCUCUCAAGAAACUGAAAAAAAAAAAAAAAAGAUGCGUAACAUUCCCUAUUAUCUUAGCCGAGCAUGGCGCCAACGCUCGGAGCCAAUUACACCCUCCGUGGGAAAACAGGAGCCCGGAGACGGGGGG